UCCGCUGUUGAUUAUUUGAAGUUUCCAACUUACAUGGUAAGCGGCGGAGUAGGUGACCGUACAUACUCUGGGUCUUGCCUUGUUUGGACUAUUCUUUAAAAACAACCAAAAACGACGUCAGAUGCUCAAGGUAACCCCGCUUGUACAGAUGUCAACAUCCGCCACGUGUGCUGGUGGUGCACUGUCAUUAUAUGAAAGCAUCCAUAAUGGAAGCAGAUUUGGUUGGUCAUAAAAUAAAGAAGAAAAAGAAUAAAAAACAUUCAUCCGGGGAGGUACCAGAAUCUACCAGUAGGCCUACACAUCAGACAUGUGAGGAAACAAGACUACACAAGAAGCAGCAGGAGAAAAAGAAGAAAGUGAAACCUAAGGAUAACAAAAUGGAUGAUGGCACACCAGUUGUGGCUCAUGGUGAUGGAGGAGACAGAAAGGCUAAGAAAAAAAGAAAGCAUAAAGCAGAGAAGGUGGUAAAUGUGACGUAUGUGGUGAUUGGUGAAGUGGACAGUGGUAGUCAGGAGAGGGGGGUGACGAAAAAGAAGAAAAGAAGAUUUGAGGAGAGCGAGCAGCAACAUGCUGUAGGAAGCAUGGUAUCAGAGGAGACUCUCACACCAGUGAAAACAGACGAAGAGGGGGCAGAUCAUACACCUGGGAACGGCAAGUCCAAAAAACUCAGGAGGAGUGCACCUGCAUCAGCAGCCUCGGCAACACAGCCCCUUGCAGACAUAGCAGAUGACAAAAACCUUGAACUCAACAAGGAAGCCUUCCUGAAGGAGAUCAAAGAGUACUUACCUAACCGCAGGUCAUGCCCUCGGUGGUCUUUUCUGAGAUCCACCAUCAAGUAUGACCUUUCCCGUUUCAGAGAGUUCAAGGACCAAGGUAUCCCUGUGAACAUAGGGAAGUUUACCAGGGCUGAGAUCAAGCGCCUGAAGCAGAAUGUAAACAACUUCAUGGCUCUCUCGGGGAUAGAGAGUGAGGCCAAGCUCCUCAUGCCCGAUCGCUUCCCGGACGAUAAGAAGAACAUCAUCUCACGGAGAAGGAGGAUGGGAUUCCUCAUGUCUUUGUGUGCAGGGAUACCACACUCUUGGGUUGGCAUACUCAACCGAGCUAAGAAUAUGUACAACAAGGAGAAUUACUUGGGAAGGUUCACAGAUAAGGAGAACAAGGAAUUGAUGCACCUGCACACUCUGCAUGGGAAUAAUUGGAAGAUCAUCUCAGAGAAGAUGGGCCGCAGUCGAUUAGCAGUGAUGAGUCGCUUUUAUGCGCUUUGUGAGGGUCGUGGGCCAUGGACAGAGGAGGAGUUUAGGACCCUGCAGAAAAGUGUGCAGCAGCAGCUGCUCAAGCGAGCAACGCCUGGUGAGGAUGGAAGCAUCGGCUCUGCUGUUGUCACGAAAAUGGACUUGUACAAGCAGCUACCCUGGACAGCCUUGAGCAGGAAGGUUCGGACUCGUAAUCGGCACCAGUGCAGGGGCAAAUGGCUGGACUACCUGAGAAAUAAAAUGACAACUGGCGGAGCUAUGAAAGGCAGGAAGAUCCUUGUGGGACAAAUCCAGCUAAUUAAAGCGAUCAAUGAAAUGGCUGUGGAUGACAUGAAUUACAUUGUAUGGGAUGACCUCACUCAUCUCUCUGGAAACACCCACCCGGACUAUUUAAGGAUGAGGUUCCACCAGCUGAAAGUGACCGAGGUACCAGGAUGGAACACAAUGGAGGAUUUCUGUGGUGAGUGCUGCUGCCCCUGCUGGUUAAAGCUUAAUAGUGCUGUCUUAGUGCUGUCUUACACGUCACGUGUCUGAGCUUUCCAAAUAAUGGGCUUGUUGUGUGGUGGUGAAUAACGUGAUGUAUAACAAGAUCAGAGAAGAUUAGGUGGUGGAGGAAGUAUAAAAAUUCAUAUUGAAAUGGCUUACAUUUUCAAACAUGUUGUUUGAAGUUCUUGAAGUAAUUUCUUGCUAUUUGUAUUGUGUCGUACCCAGCAAAGUCACAUGGCAAAAAAUGAUCUGGUCUGAUGUAAUUGUGUAUGAGCCGAUAUAAAGUAAACACUUUGUAACCUCUUUCUCUUACUCUUUUUCUCUCUCUUUCUCCCCGGUCUUUGUCCUUUGUAUUGUUCAAUGUGCUAUGAAUUUUGCCUCUCCUUCCCUCCCUGCUUGCCAGAUAUCAUCAACUACUUGUAUGAGAAGACGCUUCCACUGCUGGAGGAGGAGGUGAAGAAUUGCCCGGAGGAAGAGGAGGAGCCUACGGAGGAGCGUGACUCUUUUAAGCUCUCGGAGAUCUUCCCAGACCUUUAAACAGCUGUAUGAGACGUUUCCCUACCUCUGAAUAUCAUUCUAUGGUCUCCCCCUGCCUGUGAGCAACUGAAUCAGAUUUCCAUCGACCUCUGAGCUUUUGACCUCUCCAGUUAAGGUCGCUUAACACACCAAACUUGCAUUUCUGCUUGCAAUGGGCCUCCCACUGGACAUAUGAAAACCCACCUAUAAUGUGAAGUGGAUUUUCCACCUGGAACCUUUUUCCUGUUCAAUCCACUCAGGUGGUAAAUGCCUUCCACCUUCUGCCGAGUGGAAUGUUAAUAGUUCAAUUUGCAUCAAUGUUCAAUGAAAGAACGGUUUGUGUGUGUGCUUUGUGUGUGUGUGUUCAAAAUGUUCGAAUUUUUCUACAAUUUUUUAUGCUUUUAACAAUAAAAGGUCUAUGUUUUU